UCUCCCCAGCAGUAGCGCGGUCUCAGCCCCGUCAAAUACUGUGUCUGUCGACAUCACCUCCGCGUCGUUGUCGUCUGCGGCAACCGACAGCUCGGUCUCUACAGGAGUGGCGCCUACUCUUACAGCGUUUACAGUUGAGAGCACCUUCCCCGCCUCCGCUCUUUCCUCCGUAAUGGCCACCUUGUCCGUCGUCAAUGAGACUUCGCUUCCUGCACCCACUGCAACCACACUCCCUACGUCUUCAACUAACGAUACGUCUUCGUUCAAUACAGUUUCCGACGCAGUCACGACAACACUCUCCUCGACCGGCGAUUUAUCGAGUGACACGGCUACGGCUGUGGUGACGGCCACUUCCGCUCCUUUGCCCUCCGCUUCCUUCGUGAUUCCUACCAACGUCCCCCAGGCGUGUCUCGCUAUCUCUACUGCGCCGCUCUACUCCUCAUCGUACCUCACUGCCAGCGCGGCUUCACCGCUUAGCACGGCCAGCGCCAUUGACGCAGGAAGCGCUUCCUCUAGCGUUGGCGGGAAUGCAACUUCAUCCACCUCCACGGGGGGCAGUACGGCGUCGGUUGCCUCAGCGACAUCGUUAACCUCCACGGGGGGCAGUACGGCGUCGGUUGCCUCAGCGACAUCGUUAACCUCCAGUAGUGAUCCAGCCAACGUCACAGCCACUUCGUUAUCCUCAAGCAGCGUUGCCUUGCCAAGCGUCACCCCCACAGGCCUGAACUUCACGGACUCCGGCAGUCAGACCAUAACUAAGCGUAUUGCCCAGGACGACCUGCCUGAUGUUGCACAGAGCUGGCAGGAUCUUUGUGUAAGUCGCUGGUGAAACUUCCAUAU